GCGGCUCUCAGCCCGCUGGGUCCCGAGCGCGCAAAGAGCGUGCGCUUUCGGGAAUCUUCUGUGCGCAACGUUUGCUCACCAGCUGUCUGGGUUGGUGGCUCGAACUGAGGCGCGCGAGCCUGUCACUCCCGCCCUGGUCUCUGUAGCGCCUGCCGAGAGCCAGUGGCUUUGACGACCCACGGCGGGGUGUGUUCCCUAGUGGCCGCAGCUGCCUCAGGUUCUGUUCUGGAAGAGGCCUGAGAGCGGGGUUGCCUGGGUCGUGGGAGCCCCUCACCUCUCGCGUUAUGGUGAAGAAGAACAGUAUCCCCAACGGGUGGAGGACUGUGACACCAAUUGGACAUCCUCUACCUGGAACCCGAUUUAUUGCUUUUAAAGUUCCUUUAAAGGGAGCAAUUAAUCAGAGACUUACUCCAACCCAGAAGUUUACACCAAAAGACUUGAUUAGUGCAGUAAAAGCACUAAAUGUGGAGCUUGGAUUAAUUAUCGAUUUAACAUAUACCACAAGAUAUUAUGAAGUUAAGGAUUUACCUAAAAGUAUUCAUUAUAAAAAACUUUACACUGUUGGCCUUGAAGUUCCUAAUAAUGCUACUAUUCUGCAGUUCAAAAAGUGGGUCAGAAAGUUCCUGUGGGAAAAUGCAAAAAAUGAUAAACUCAUUGGAGUUCAUUGUACUAAUGGAAUCAACAGAACAGGAUACCUUAUAUGUAGGUAUCUUAUUGAUGUUGAAGGCUGGGAUCCAGAUACAGCAAUUCAAGCUUUUGGUGAGGCCCGUGGUCAUCGAAUAGAUGGAUUUGUAUAUUUAAAGGAUCUCAAAACUCAACCCACGAGAAGUAACCUUGGAAUGGAUGUCUGGGAUUCUAAUGAAGAUACAAACCCCCCAUCUAAUUCUGUGGAAGAAACUAGGGAUUGCCCCCCAAAUGAAGACUUUUAUGGGUCUGGGAAAAGGUCAAGGCUUCUUAAUGAUCUACACCCUCGAGAUGAUAUACAGAUAAUGGAUUAUGUUUAUGUCAACGGUAGACCUUCCCAUAGGCGUGGGGAUUUUUUUAAACACCAGUGUAAUCUUAGCAUGCCAGAAGAAAGACACCUGAGAAAUUGGCAUUUUGGUAACAAAGGUCCAGGACCAAAAUGUUCAUUUAUUGCUGAUCACUGGUGUUAUGAUGUCUCCCAAGAGGAAAUAGAUUUCAAUAACAGGAUUGAGAGAACCUUCUCUCAUCAACCUGGGAGAAGACGAGAACCAUUUCAUGAUCACAAGCCUCACAGUGACUUCUGUGAACCAGAUGCUGGAGAUGAUCUUGAUUUUGUUAGAAAAGUUUGUGGACAAAGGAGACGUUCUGUUCAGAACCAUCAAGGCUGUAGUAAUUUGUGGGAACAAUUUCCAACCAAAGACUUAGGUUUUAUUAACAUAAGUCAGGGACUAAAGCGACGACUGCACCAUAACUACCAUGAGUACCCACCUCAUGGUGAUUUUCAGAACCAGUUACCUGUACAAGGUCUUAAUUACCUCAAUAGACGUGGCUUUGAAAGGCAAAAACCUUUCCACCAGCACUAUUCUCGUGAUGAAAUGAAUUUGGAAGAUUUAGAAUAUACUGAUGAAGUUUCAGAGCACACCCUGGGACAUUUCCAUGAGUAUUCCAACAGUGAUUUUUCAGAGAAAAUGCCAUUGAAAAAAUGUGUUAACAAAGGUUAUGGAGAAAGACUACCACACUUUCCAAAGUUUCAAAAACAAAUGCAAUUAAGAAAUUUUUAUCUCAACAAUGGAACUGGACAAAAGCACGUGUCUUACUUUGACCACCUACCUAGUGAUCCACAAGAGCAGAUUCUAUUGGAAGACUUGGACUUCGAACAGGAAACAUCCUUACAAAGACUAAGAUCUUUUCAGGACCACCAACUUCCUAAUAACAUAAAUCCUGAUUGGUAUUUAGAUAAGAACCUUGGCCAUAAUGAUUGCAGGACCAGAAGUCAGAGAUUUAUUCAUCCAGAAGAUAGUCGAAGAAUAUAUCCUUCAAAUGGAUUCAAUUGCAGGAGACAUGGCAGAUUCACAACAUAUCCUUCACGAGGACUUCCAUCUUCAUGUGUAUUCCAGGAAGAUUAUUCAGUUGAUCAUUGCAAAAGUAGAAAUACACAAGAUAUGGAACAGCACAAAAGGUCAUAUUUUUAAGCUACUGAUAAUAAUUAUGGAAUGCCUAUAGAUUGCAGAGCUGAAGGAAAAGAGCAUUAUGAUUUACUCUCGGGAAAAAAAAAAGGCUGAAUAGUUCACUCUAAAAACUGCCCACCAUUUACUUAUAUUUGUCCCUUUUUCAUUGUUACUGGGCCAAAAAUCAUUUCAUAUUAGAAAGUAAAAUAUGUUGAAAGACAACUUGUAUUAUUACAAAAUUAGCCAUCUACUGCUUUCAAUUUUUGUAAGAGUAUUUACAAAUGUAAAUAUUUAUAACCAACAAUGUAGAAUACAUAUAAUUGUUGCUCUUUCAAAACUGUAAAUCUAUUUGACUUUUUGAGGCUCUAUUUUUAGUUACAUAUGCUAAUGAUUGCACUUCUGGUUACAAACAUUGUAAAAAAUAAAUAAUUUCGUUAUGAUUCA